GCAAGUCACGCCCCUCCCAGUUCAGUUAAGGACGUAGUCAUCACUACGGUGUACAGAAGUUCUGUCGCUGCAUCAUUUCAGGCGCUGAGGAGAAUACUAUUAAUUCACCCCUUUUGUGUCAACGACAAAGCCCCAGGAUGUGUGGUAUAUGGGCCUUGUUUGGCAGUGAUGAGUGCCUGUCGGUUCAGUGCACCAGCGCUAUGAAGAUUGCCCACCGGGGCCCUGACGCCUUUCGCUUUGAGAACAUCAACGGCUUCACUAACUGUUGUUUCGGCUUCCAUCGCCUGGCUAUUGUAGACCAGCUGUAUGGCAUGCAGCCCAUCCGCAUCAAGAAGUUCCCCUACCUCUGGCUUGUCUACAACGGAGAAAUCUACAACCACCAUACGCUGAAGGAGCAGUUUGAGUUUACUGACUAUCAGACCAAAGUAGAUGGUGAGAUCCUGCUUCACCUGUAUGAGCGCUUCGGCAUUCAGAAGAUGGCGUCCCUAUUGGAUGGAGUGUUUGCCUUCGUCCUCCUGGACACAGCCAAUAGGAAGGUUUUCCUGGGGAGGGAUACGUAUGGCGUGCGGCCUUUGUUCAAACUACUGACUGACGACGGCUUCCUGGCUGUGUGCUCUGAGGCAAAAGGUCUGACUGAUAUCACCCACUCAAUGUCCUCACCUCCUAAGAUCACUCCAUUCCUCCCAGGACACUUUGAGGUGUUUGACCUGAAGCCCACAGGGAAGGUAGGGUCUAUUCAGAUGGACCGCUUCCACUGCUGCACCCAGGAGCCCAACCACGCUGCCUAUGACACAGUAGAGAGGCUCCCCUCAGGCUUUGUCCCAGAGACAGUGAAGAGCAACAUCCGGUCUUUGUUUGAGAACGCUGUCCGGAAACGCCUCAUGGCCCACAGGAGGAUCGGCUGUCUUCUCUCAGGUGGUUUGGACUCUAGUCUGGUGGCAGCUACGCUGGUUAAACUGGCCAAAGAGGAGAAGUUGAAGUACCCCAUCCAGACCUUCGCUAUCGGGGCUGAAGACAGUCCAGACAUUCUGGCUGCUCGCAAGGUGGCGUCCUACAUCGGCAGUGAGCACCACGAGGUGAACUUCACCCCUGAGGAGGGUCUCAAAGCCGUGGAGGAGGUCAUCUUUCACCUGGAGACCUAUGACAUUACCACCAUACGCGCCUCUGUCGGCAUGUACCUAGUGUCAAAGUACAUCCGUGAGAAGACUGACAGUGUGGUGAUCUUCUCUGGGGAAGGCUCUGACGAGCUGACACAAGGAUACAUCUACUUCCACAAGGCUCCCACUCCCAAGGCAGCAGCAGAGGACAGUGUUCGUCUGUUGAAGGAGCUGUACCUGUUUGACGUGCUCAGAGCAGACCGCACCACCUCUGCACACGGUCUAGAGCUGAGAGUGCCUUUCCUGGACCACAGGUUCACAGCGUACUACCUCUCCCUGCCUGAGGAGAUGAGGCAACCUAAGGAUGGAGUGGAGAAGCACCUCCUCAGAGACUCAUUUAAAGGUCUGAACCUGAUCCCAGACGAGAUCCUAUGGCGGCGUAAAGAGGCCUUCAGUGACGGAAUGAUGUCUGUCAAGAAGUCCUGGUACAACAGCCUGCAGGACCAGAUGGAGUCUGAGGUGAACGACUUCCAGCUGGAGAAGUCUCCUAAGACGUUCCCGUUCCUCCCUCCCAGAACCAAAGAGGCGUACUUCUACCGCCAGGUGUUUGAGAAGCUUUACCCGGGCCAGGCUGAGUGGCUCAGCCACUACUGGAUGCCCCGCUGGAUCAAUGCUACAGACCCCUCAGCCAGAACCCUCUCCAUCUACAAGCCUGACAAGGACCAGUGAUACAGAAACAACAGUGGCUCUUUUCCAGUGUCCUCACUUGCGUAGCACUUAGAGUGAAGCAGUCUAUUGAGCAUGCAUGCAUUCUAAGUGGUAUGCUAGUAUGGAUAUUGGAACGUAGACUGUGUCAGCUGUCAAUCACUUGUGCCAUUAUUACUACACCUCAUCUUCACACCAUUACUACACCUCCCCUUCACCACAUACCUAUCUGGAAACAGUCUGAUGCUAAAGUUGUGAUUUUUAUGGAAUUCUGGGUAACGAUUAGGCUUACUUUUCAUGCAAAUGGUCACGGUUAUUGUAAUUUUUGUUUAAAAAUGGUUUUGACCUUGUAACGCUUCAUAAUGCAUCUUUAGAUAAGACAUCUAAUUAGCUACGAUAAACCUAAUGAAUUGAACACAGCAUUGGUGACAUUCCUGUUUCAAAAACGAAUGGAUUUGACCUUUUGGAAAUGAAACUUCUCCGAACCGUGCCAUUCCGCUCAUAAAAUGAUUACCAACUUUACCCAUUUCAUUUAAAACUGCUAUUGGGUAAAUUAUUUCUACUUGAAUAUAAAGUUGAAUCCCCCAUUCUCCUGAAACUUGAAUCUAAAGUUGAAUCCCCCUUUUCCUAAAAUGAAUUUAUUAAGACUAUUUUUUUAGUUCACGUUAUUGACCAUAAUUGUCGGUUACACAAUUAUGCGAUAAUUAUGGCAGCUCUAUUGAGGAAUCAUCAAGCUCUAGUACUUAACCACUGUUUCGGGGCGGCAGGGUAGCCUAGUGGUUAGAGCGUUGGACUAGUAACCGAAAGGUUGCAAGUUCGAAUCCCCGAGCUGACAAGGUACAAAUCUGUCGUUCUGCCCCUGAACAGUCAGUUAACCCACUGUUCCUAGGCCGUCAUUGAAAAUAAGAAUUUGUUCUUAACUGACUUGCCUGGUUAAAUAAAGGUAAAAAGAAAAAGAAACUGUUAAUUACAGUUACAGGGUCAGUACUGAUUUGGGAAACUGCUGUUUCACUAGGAAUAGUUGAUAAUGUUGGAAGACUGGAAUGAUUCUGUAGGCCAUCUAUCUGGAAUUCAGUAGCACUACUGUAAUGCUUUCAUUGAUUACAUAGUACAUAUUAUUAUAUCUAAAUUACAUACAUAUUUUAACAGCUUCAGACAUUGGCUAAACCUUAACAUGAUAUUUAACUAUUCCUAAUGAGUGCUUUUUUCUGUCAUUUACAUUAAGUUAGAUGCGUAUAACCGGUACUGCAAUUGUCCUUUUGCCUCUUACCCAGACAGGGAGUAGGCUGUAAUAGGUUCAAUUCCGUGCAAGAAGAUGUCUUGAUUAUGUCACAGGCGACAAUAGACAGGAUAGCUUUUAGGUAUAGAUCAGUUGCGGUCAGUGCCGUUCUAUUUCAGCAUGUUGGAUGACUGUCAUUCAUAUUCCAUUCAGCCAGUUCAAUGUAACAGCGAUAGGUUCAGACUACUACGUGCUUCUCAUAUUUUCCCUUUACCCAUCAUGAGGCUGCUACAACCUAGCCUAUGAAUUAACGUUUAUAACGUAGCUGCACACAGGUCUAGAGAUAUAUUUGAGGUGACAGAUGGUGACAUUCAAUACCGCCUUGUACACUCUGUCCUGCAUCUAGCUGAUAUAGGACGUAAUCAUUGGUCCAACAGUUGAAAACAGCACCCCCGCCUAGACUGGAGGGUAACACCCUGCAUGGCCUGGGUCUCUCAUAUGGACUGUCACUAUCAGUGACACUUGCGAUGUCUAACAAUGACACAACUCUGUUUCUCCCCGUUUUGUUCCGUUUGCUUACUUUUUAAGAAACGCGUUUCAACAGAAUCCGCGGAAUGAAUACACCACUCAUCACGCUCAUCACGCACAGCCCCGUAUUUCUUCUCGCAUCUGCGCGCUCCUCUUCCCGUCGCUUGUGGACUUCAAUGCACAACACAUCAGCUGUAUGUGAUCAGGCAAAAAAAACUUUCCAAGCCAAACCACCACAUACAGCCUGCAUCGUUGUCCCCAUAUUAGCUAAAGUAACGUCCUCGUCAACAUGGCUAAUAGAACUAAUGCGUUAGUAAACCCACUACAAUCAUGCAGUACCUUUACAGUGUCGGGCCCCGGUGGCAAUACAUUAGUAAAACCACAAGCUUACCUUGACUUGGAAGAGUUCCAGUGUUGUGUUAGAUAGUCAUAGCCAGCUAGCUAACAUAGCAUCCUGCUGUUUGGCGGAGUGUUUCAGUAGGCUAAACUAGCUAGCUGCAUUUACUAGCUAAAAAACGACAAUCUCUCUCUAUAUACACUUCUCUCUUGCUUCUCCUGCAAAUUGAAGAAAUUAAUUUGUUCAAAACUGUUCAACUAUUGUCUUUCUCUCUCUUUGAGUCAACUACGCACCACAUGCACUGCAGUGCUAGCUAGCUAUAGCUUAUGCUUUCAGUACUAGAUUAAUUAUCUGAUUCUUUGAUUGGGUGGACAACAUGUCAUUUUGUAUUUGUAUUGAUUAUGGAUCCCCAUUGCUGCAAGAGCUCUGAUAGGUAGGAGGACAUCCUCCAGAGGUUGUUAUAAUUACUAUGUAAGUCUAUGGAAGGGGUUGAGAACCAUGAGCCUCCUAGGUUUUGUUUUGAAGUCGAUGUACCCAGAGGAGGACUGAAGCUAGCUGUCCUCCUGCUACACCUUGGUGCUACCCUACAGAGUGCUGCUGAGUCUACUGUAGACCUUCUUUGCAAAAUAGUGUUUUAAUCAAUUCUUUGGUGAGUGAUUAUAUUUAUUAUAAUAUUGUUUCAUCUAAAAAAUUAUUACUUUAAAAAGUUUUACUUAAAAAAAAAAUGAAAUUCACUGAGGAUGGUUCUCCCCUUCCGCCUCUGAGGAGCCUCCCCUGGUAUAGAUGGUAUAGACAUUCUCCUGUUCUUUACCCAACCUGAUAAAGAGAAGUACCCCAAUUCAACUCAUGUCUUAUAAACAUUUUAAAUGUCAACAGAAUUAUGAUGAAACUUUGUAAUGCUUUGAUGCCUUGAUCAAUCCCCAAGGUUCUUUCUUUGAACAUUUCUUAUUGAAAAGGAUAAUGCUCAACACUCACUCACCAUUAAAAAAGUAGUAUUUUAUUGAAUAUUGAAGCAACUAUAAAAGCUUGACUAUUGGGCCAUAAUCAUAACAACAUGUUUUCACCCCCCCAAUCAGAGCAAAGACCAUGACAUGGUGUAAUAGUGGUCUAUAAACCAUAAUAAAGUGUGUGUGCGUGGAUGUGUGUUUUUGUAUUUAUGUGAGGGUUCUUGUGUGAGUGUGUCGUUGAGAUAACAAUAGAAUGUGUUACAGAUUGAAUGUCAAGCUGGGAACAACAUGAUUCAAUUGAAGACAAAACAUACUUGAGACAGACUCGUAUAAUGGACUGAUGGAAAUGUAUGAAACUACAGCAUUGGAUGUCUAAAGCGAUGUACAUAAUGCUAUGUGUCUGUCUACUGUAUUUCAUCCUAACCACUACUGAUAUAAAAAGUGCCCCAUACCCUUGA